AUUGACAGCAAAAACAAAAGAAAAACACGGUUCCGGAGUCUUAGAUAAGCACGGACUGAGUAAUAGUGCAUCACCCACAGAAAACUGAAGAAAUAAGAAAGAGAAAGAGAGAAGAAGGAGCUGGAUGUGGUAGAGAAAAAUGGCAGGUUUUGGGCUUCCAUCAAUCGCGGCCCUGUUCUUCUCAACCAUCGCUUUCCACUCGAUUCUCUCUGUCAAUGCCAACACUGCUAGUAGCAUGUUCGUCUACUGGGGCGGUGCUAACCAUUCCACAAUGCAAGGCGAUGAUCUUCAGCUCGUCCUCGACCAAACUUCCGGUUCUGGUGUUCAAUCGAAGAGCAGUUUCUUAUUUGGAAGCUUUGAGAUGCAGAUCAAGUUGGUACCUGGCAACUCCGCUGGAACUGUCACAGCAUUCUAUCUAUCCUCUAGUGGCAUCAAGCAUGACGAAAUCGACUUUGAGUUCCUAGGCAAUGUGUCUGGGCAACCUUACAUCAUCCAUACAAACAUCUUCACUCAGGGUGGUGGUGGCCGGGAAGUGCAAUUCUACCCAUGGUUUGACCCCACUGCCGACUAUCACAAUUACACGAUUCAUUGGAACCCCAGUGCUGUUGUAUGGUACGUCGAUGGGAUUCCAAUUAGGGUAUACAGAAACUAUUCAAGUGAGGGGAUCCCCUUCCCAAACCAACAAGGCAUGAAGGUAUACACGAGCAUUUGGAACGCAGAUGACUGGGCAACGAGGGCAGGCCUGGACAAGAUCGAGUGGAGCAAUGCUCCAUUCGUGGCCAAGUGUCGGGGUUUCCAGUCGAGGGCAUGUUACUUGGAGGGGCCGGAGAGCAUCAGUCAGUGCACAACGCCUUCAUCAGGCACCAACCCGCAGGAUGCAGGUGCAUUUAACAGGCUGAGUGAUGCAAAGGCGGGGCAAAUGAAUUCGGUUAGGAGAAAGUACAUUGUGUACGACUACUGCAAAGAUGUAAAGAAGUUCAAGGCGGGGUUGCCUGGAGAGUGUUUUCUAUCACAGAUCUAAGAAGAGCAGCUAUUCUAGCUAGUAUCCAAGCAUCACAGUGACCCUAAUUUUAACGUCUUAUUUAUUAUUUUAGUCGAUAUAACCUGGGUCUCAAAAUUAUCAUUCUCAUAUGUACUGUGGUUGGUUAUCUUGUACUCUUGUAGUCUGACUUCAAUUUUUUUUGUACUUAUUCUUUUAUUUUACGUGGAUAAAUUAUUUACUAUUUGAACUGAACUUACGAUACAACGUUUGGGUCAAAUACGAAAAUAUAUACGGAGUAUGGGUGUAUGAGUAUGACUACAGGUUUACAGCAUAGCCUCAAUUUCACAAUAGAAGUGACUAUACAUGUUAUUGUCUUUUAUAGGAGUAAAAACCAUGAAUGGAAUUU